CCUCUCAGUGACUGUUGCAAUGCUUGACAACGGUAAACUAUGCGAAACUAGGAGAUACGCUGGGGUGUACGUAUAAACAGUGACCAACAAGCUAUUUUAAUGAAGUGGAGAGAGGUGAGACGACAUUGCCAGUGAUCGACUUUGGGGGGUAUUCAAAGAUCUUUCUCGUAUUUUUAAUUAAACAAGCUGUUGCUAUGGAUAAGCAAAAGGCGUAAACUGGUUCGUCGGAGCAAGCGCGGUAUGCGGCGCAUGCGUGGACGUUGCAGUGGGUCACACGAGUUUAUUUCUCGACUCUGCUUCUUUUUAUGUAAGUGACUGAAACGCAGGACAGGGUUAUAAAAGUACGGCGAUACACGCUGUCCCAGGUUCGCCGUUUUCUCUAGUUUGCCGGGUAGGACGUUGCAUGUACGUGGAAUUUCAGAGAUUUAUGCGAAUGUGUUAUUUUAAAAGGAUGCUACAGGCUAGCUGAAAUACACGCAGAAAUAGCGAUUGCCUGAGAAUAAGGACGCAUAUGUUUGCAUAUUCAGCUUAUAUGCAUCGUUCAACAAAUAUAGUUUACAGAAGGAUUGCUGGUGCGCUGUGUCACGUUUGCAUUUUGGAUGUCCAGGUAGAAUAGUAGAAUAAAAUGAAUUAGGUGCCUGAUCAACCAGUUAAUAAUUCAGCCCUAAAGUCAAAAACAUGUGAGUAGAUUUCAGUUUUUGUGGGAGUGCUGCUUAAGGAACCGGCGACUCUUUUAGUGCGUGUAAGAUGGCAGCAAGUGGCUUCACCGACUUAAGGGAGAAGUUGAAGUCGAUGACCCCGCACAGGGAGACCCCUCGGAGCGAAGUUUCGCAGCCGGGCUACGGACGCAAGCGGAGACGCCGGGAUUCGGACGGCGAGCAGAGCGACCACGAAGAACAGCGGGAGCUGCAGGCGCACCGGGUGAAGAGCUGCGUCAAGCAGGACAGCAUCUUCAGUGCCGAUGAGUGCCUCCGCAUCGAGUCCAAAAUCGACGAGGUGGUCGCCAAAGCCGAGAAGGGUCUGUACCGGGAGCACACCGUGGACCGGGCGCCCCUCCGCAGCAAGUACUUCUUCGGGGAGGGCUACACGUACGGCGCCCAGCUGGAGAAAAGGGGGCCGGGUCAGGAGCGGCUCUAUUCCAAAGGCGAGGUGGACGAAAUCCCGGACUGGGUGUACGAGCUGGUCAUCAAGAAGCUGGUCUCCAGCCGCGUCAUACCCGAGAACUUCGUCAACAGUGCCGUCAUCAACGACUAUCAGCCGGGAGGCUGCAUCGUGUCUCAUGUGGACCCCAUCCACAUCUUCGAGAGGCCCAUCGUCUCCGUGUCCUUUUUCAGUGACUCGGCUCUCAGCUUCGGCUGCAAGUUUCAGUUCAAGCCCAUCCGUGUGUCGGAGCCCGUGCUGUCUCUCCCCGUCAAGCGGGGGAGCGUCACUGUUCUCAGUGGAUAUGCAGCAGAUGAGAUAACCCACUGCAUUCGGCCGCAGGAUAUCAAAAAGCGAAGAGCUGUCAUCAUACUGAGGAGAACCAAAGCGGACGCCCCGCGACUGGACCUAAAUCUGGCCGGUGAUGCGCUCUUCUCCAGCUUCACCCCCAGCAGACGGAAGAUGCUAAGGGCUAAGCGGUCUCGCCAAAAGGCCGACCCAGAUGCAGCACACAGGCCCCGGAUCCUCGAGAUGGACAAAGAGGAGAACCGGCACCCGUCGCUCAUCUGCGGGCACAGGUGCCGGAGCGGCGUCUCCCUGGAUGGUGCGCGCCGGAGGUUCCGUGAUCCUGGCAGGAUCGUGAAGAGGGAGAGACGCUGAGCAGGCGGGCACCUAGGCGACUCAGCUCUGUCCACAAUUCCCGUUUUUAUUUAUCUUAGACAUCAGGAACCUCAAAUCUUGGACUCUGCUGUCCGUAAUGAACGCUGCUCUGUGCCAGAGGUUUCCAUCUCCUAGCAGAUUCUCUGGAACAGUGUUUCCCAACCCAGUCCUCAGGGAACCCCAGACAGUCCACGUUUUUGCUUCCUCUCAGCUCACCUGUACCAGGUAUUCGGUGUUCCUGAUUGGCUGGGAGGGAGCAAAAACAUGGACUGUCCAGGGUUCCCUGAGGACUGGGUUGGGAAACACUGCUCUAGAAGUCCUCGUCUCACAACUGUAGCUUGACUUUCUGCAUGUUCGGCUUUUUUUUUGCCCCCGCCCUCACCCGUUAUGGUGAUGAUGUUGCAGAACGUGAUGUAGCACCUUAGAGUAACCAUUCCGGUUCAAUUUAUGAUUUAUUUCAAAUAGUUAAAUCUUUGCACAUUAGAUAUAACAUGACUGAACAUUUUCAGAGAUUGGGGUCUUUUCAGUUACAGAAAUUGCAAUAUAAACCAUAUGUGGUAUUUCUCUUCCUCCCCAAAUCCCAUGCAGCACUUUUAAUUAUUAUUAUUACUACUACUGCUACAGAGACUACAUAAGUUUGCUUAUAGUAUUGGGGCAUAUCUGUCUCUCUAUAUAAGAUCUGAGCUAUUAGGUAUAUAUUUUCUGUAAGCCCUGUUUGUUUCAGUGACUCUCCCACUUCAUAAAUUACUUUUCUUGGAAGUGUAUAGAUUUUUUUAGUCUUAUUCAGAAGUUGCCAUAAUAGGUCACUUGUGCAGAUUUGCAUCUCAUUUCAGUGACUUCAGUGCUUUAUGCUGUUGAAUUACCAUUAAGGGGUAUGUAUUUUGCAUAACAAGUAUUGCAUUCAAGUCUAUGCAUUGCUUUUAUUCAAUUCUGCAUGUAAGCGAGGGGUUUUCAGGAUUCCUCUGAAAGGAUUUGCUCGACUUGUUGUUUUAAGUGCUGGGGAACGUGGGAAGUGAUUUUUCAAGGAUUCCAAAGGAAUUGCUUUUGGAGCAUUUGUGUUUAUUAAUUGCCCGAUGGUGUUCAGACUACCACCUACAAAAAAGUGUUAAGGAUAGGCUAUAAUGCUGCUGCUUCAGCAUUUUGGUGAGGAAAUGAUUUUGUAUGAGUUCAUGACGUACAUCUGACGUUUUCAUUUGUUUUGUUGAGGAUGCCGUUUGCGAAUGUGUGUGUAUACGACUUGGACCGGUGAACAGAUAUAAAUGGAUAAAUGAAGAAUUGGUAUGUAAUAAGGGAAAUGUAUUUUUAUGUA